AUGGUAGACGUGGACAGGAGGAUGACCGGUUUAAAUCCGGCUCACAUGGCCGGUCUACGCCGCCUUUCCGCCAGAGCCGCGUCCUCCGCUCCCUCCACCCCACUACCGCCGCGCAACAGUCUUCUAUCCUUCAGUUCCUUAGCAGAUAAAGUUAUCAACCAUCUCAAGAAUUCGGGCAUCCAAGUCCGGCAGGGGUUAUCCGAAGCGGAGUUUGCGUUAGCGGAGGCGGAGUUUGGGUUCGCCUUCCCGCCGGACCUCAAAGCUGUGCUAUCGGCUGGUUUGCCUAUAGGACCUGGCUUCCCCGACUGGCGCUCGUCUGGUUCUGCUCGCCUGCAGCUCCGCGCCUCCAUUGACCUACCAAUCGCUUCCAUUACCUUUCACAUAGCACGGAAUGCUUUGUGGUCCAAGUCCUGGGGUCCGCGCCCAUCCGAUCCGGAAAAAGCCCUUAAAAUAGCACGAAACGCACUCAAACGGGCCCCUCUUCUGAUACCCGUUUUCAACCAUUGUUACAUUCCUUGCAACCCAUGUUUAGCUGGAAACCCCAUAUUCUAUGUCGACGAAACCAGAAUUUUCUGCUGUGGGUUUGAUUUAUCAGACUUUUUCGACAGAGAAUCUUCACUGUUUCAACGCCCAGAACCGAAUAUUCUAUCCAAGCAACGGUCAAUGAGUGAAAAAUCAGCCGGUUCAUCAACAAAUUUUUCAAGAAGAAGUCUUGACACAGUUUUCGGCGGAAGAACUCCAAGAUGGGUGGAGUUCUGGAGUGACGCAGCCAUAGAUCGCCGUCGGAGGAACUCAAAUUCGUCAUCCUCUUCUUCAUCAUCACCAGAAAGGUACUUCGAAAUGCCAAGAUCCAAGAUCCCCAAUUGGGUUGAGGAAUACGUGACUCAAAUUGGAUCAGUCCUCAAAGAAGGCGGGUGGGCUGAAUCAGACGUCUCAGAAAUUGUACACGUGUCAGCAUCCGGGUUCUUCGAAGGCGAGAUGGUGAUGUUGGAUAACCAAGCGGUACUUGAUGCUAUGCUACUGAAAGCGGAUAAAUAUUCCGAUUUGCUCCAGAAAUCGGGGUGGAGCUCGGAGGAGGUUUCAGAUGCAUUAGGGUUUGAUUUCAGACGAGAAAAGGAGAAGAAACCGGUAAAAAAGUUGUCGCCGGAGUUGGUCGAAAGAAUCGGUAAACUGGCUGAGUCGGUCACCGCACGAUCAUCAUCAACGUCAUAA